ACGGUCCUGAUUAGGUGCUUUCCAUUCAGAAGGCUUAAGGGUGAGUCCCUGAUCCCACUAACCCUUCUGGUCAGACUAGCAAAUCCCCCUUCACCUCUUUUCCUCUUCCUCGUAGAAUGGUGGGACGGACAGCUUCAGCCCAAACAUAGCUCCAAGGAAUGGGAUUCCCUCUGGCCCAGCAAGAGGAAGAAACCGCCGUUGGUGUCUGGCCCGUACAUCGUUUACAUGUUGCGCGAUAUCGACAUCAUGGAAGACUGGACAGCUAUCAAAAAGGCAAAAGCCGCUGUAUCCCCUCCAAAGAGAAAGCUCGAAGGCCCACUGAAGGCUGAGAAGCUGUCUUCCCCUCCCCUCUUCUCCGCACACUGUGAAGAUGGCCACCUCCACUAUGAGGGCGAGGUCUACGUCAAAGGGCAAAGCAUCUUCUUGCAAGUGGGAGAUGAGGCACCUGUCCAGGCUGUGAUCACCGCUAUCAGCACAGGGGAGGUCUGGCUGCGCAGAGAAGACGGUAGCAAAACCAAGAUUUACGUUUCCCAGCUCCAAAAAGGCAAAUAUUCAGUCCAUAAGGCUUAGCGUAUCCCGUGGGGUGGGGGCCAGACUUUGGCUGCCCACCUCUUCCAAAAUCCUCAUGGACUCUUUCCCAGAAACGGAGGGGACCCUGUUGCAGCGGGCAACUUCCCCAAGCCUGUUCAGGCUGGGGCCGCAGAAAUGGAAAGCGUUCGUCUAGGGCGAGCUGGCAUUUCUUCCAGGUGACCCCAGCAUCGAUCGACUGUGGCCCAUUCUUCUGAAGUUUUUUUUGCUGCAGUUUUGAGUGUGCUUCUCCACUGCGCACCAGGGAAGAGACGGAAAGGAGGUACGGACCACGCUCCUCGCUGGAAGAAAUCUCUAAUAAAGCACCAAAGUUAAACUGUU